CUGCCCCAAGGGAACCUCUGCAAACAAAAUCCCCACCCCUACCACGGCCGACGAUGUCCUCCGCCUCCGCCCCCGCCCCCGACUCCGAUCACUGCGACGCCGGAGCCAUCAUGGCCGACGUCCUCUCCAAGGGCCGCGAAUCCUGCUACAAGGCCCGGGACGCCUUCUACGCGUGCGUGGAGAAGCACGCGGACAAGAAGCCCACCGAGAUCGCCACCAUGGGGCUCCUCUUCCCCGCCGACUGCAAGAAAUCCCGCGCCCAGUACGUCAGCAGCUGCCGCCCCUCCUGGGUGAGGCACUUCGACCGGCAGCACUGCGCCAAGAAGCGGGUGCAGAGGCUGCUCGACGGCGACGACGACGGCCGGGGUCCCAUGUCGCUGCCCCAGCCCUACACGUUCAAGCAAUAAGUGGCGCUGACGAUGGGCCUGUCCUUUGUGCGAACCAAAUCUGGCCGAGAUGGUAUUGGUUUAUUGUUCUCUAGUCAGUACUGUCGAGAUGGAUGCUUAUCUGCUGCCUAGUAUGUUGAAGAAAUUGUGAACCUGUGACUUCGUAGCGAUCAUGACCGUUGUUGUAGUGCUCCUGUUAUCCUUUGAUGAGAAUUAUGUUGCGGUACUGUCUGUAGACAUUAGAUCACCUCCUGUUUUUUAAUGCUCUGUUUCAAUGGAUGAAAGUUGGGAUGUGGAAUAA